AUGCACGAGCCAAACCUCCCAAACUUAAAAAAGAAAAGGUCUCAAGAGCGUUCAACAACAGCUUCAAAUCCAAGAGAAUCUAGAAAGUCAAGUAUGUUGUUGAAUAAUUAUGAGAGUUCUUAUGAAGCAAUAAGCAAAGAGGCUGCUGAAUCAAAUGCACUUGCAUCUUCAAUUUCUCUAUAUAAAAGGAGUUCAGAAAUAUUUUUUUGUGCAGAACUUAACAGGCUUGAUAAAGAUCUUGAUGCUUAUGAAAUUGAACUUAAUAAUAUCAAUCCAUUGGACGGAUUUGAUUUGCAGAAUAUUAAUCAAUCCUGUGAAAAAUACCAGCAGUAUUUAGAAAACAUUGCGAUUUGUACAAAGCAAAAAGACACUAAACUAGGAAAUUGCAUUAUAAGAGGGUUAAUUGGCUAUAAAAAAGCUUUUCAACAAAUAACGAAAUAUUUAAAAAAUCUGGAAUCUAAAAAAACUCCAGCCAAAAUUAGAUGCAGGGAUGAAAUCACUCAAACUGAAAAUUCAGGGGAAAAUGGAAGAGUAAAGGCAUGUCGGAGUGACAGCCCAGACAUAAAUUUCCUUAAAGAAUUAGGUGACAAAAUGAAAAAUCUUAAGGUUACAGGAGUUACUAAUCAUCUAUGAGAUUUGUAUGACUCAUUAUGCCAGAUGCGCACUGAUGUGCCUAGCCCUGUUGAAACGCCUGACCUGAUUAAAUUUGACAUCAAGGAGGAAAAUAAUGGAUUCGAAGACGGAGUCGAAAAUUUAAGAAAAGAAUGAGUAAGCAGCCUUGCAAGGCAGAAAACAAUAAAACAAACACAAUGUGCCGAAAAAGGAUGCCAAGUAGAAAACAAAGGGAUAGAUUCAGCAUUGGAAAGCAUUGCUGGCGAAAAAGAAUUAGAAAUUCUCAAGCUUAAGCGCAGAUGCGAUACUUUAUUAGAAGAAAAGAAAAAAUUCGAUGAUGAGAUAAGCUUCAAAAAUUUAAAAAUUUAUGAGUUAACUGGAAAAUUAAAUGAAAUUGCUCAACUGCAGAAUAAAGUCACUGAAAUUUCAAUUGAGCUAAAAUCAGAAAAAUCCAUAAACUCAAUUUCAAAGGAAAAACUUGAAAAAAGCAAACUCACAAUAAAUUCACUCAAAAAAGAAUGUGAAAAUUUGAAAACUAAAUUAAUUGGGAAGCGAAAUAAAUUACUAACUCCCCCCCCCCCCUCCGUGAGUGAACAAAAAAAUUUUGUUCACUCACUGAGGGCGUUAAUUUUUGUUUUUUUAAAAAAAUUAUAUAUAAAUUUUAUAAAAAAAUUUUUUUUAGAAAUUUAACAAAAUCCUAAUUCGCAAAAAUUGGAAAGCAAAUAUUAAUUUAAUAUAUGAAAUUUAUGUUUUAAAAAGCAAUUUGUUAAAAAUUAAACAGAAUUAGCUCUAGAUUUCAUUAUAAUAAUUAUCAUUAAUAUAUCAAAAUUUUUUUCCAUAAAAAAUUUUUCUAUCAAAAAAUUUUUAUUCACUCACAAAGGGUGGGUUUUUGGCCAAAAAAUAGCGAUUUUUCUAAUGGUUUUGUUCACUCACGUGGGGGGAAGUAAGUAAGAUUAAAAGAUGAAUUCCUGCAGAGGAGUGUAUUGUGAAGGAUGGCUGAAGAAAAAAAUAAACAAAUCGAAGAAUCAUGACUUCAGGUGCAUGGAAGCAAGUUUGUUUAUUCUGGAAUAGAUGCUAACGAAAUCAUGAAGAAAUAUGGCCUCCAAAAAGAAUUAGACAGCGAUAAUGAAGGUAGCGAUGCUACAGCAGUUUCUAAUUUUGAUAUAAAAAGAAAUAGAAAUUUUACAGGCUCUUAUAGCCAAAGGCCAAAUGUGAAUAGAAAUAAAGGAAAACCGAUGGGCUUUAAUGAAAACAGCCAAGAAACUCAUGAUGCUGACUCUCUUCCUCCUGAGUGAACAAAAAAAUUUGUUUGCUCAAGGAGGAUUGCUUUUUAUCCAAAAAAUAGAGAUUUUCCAAUGUUUUGCUUGCUCAUGGAAGGAGGAAGGAGUAAAAACUCAAAAAAUAAAUAUUGGAGUCAGGACGAAAAGCUAGAAAAAAUUUCUGAAAAUGAGAUUCUUAAUAAAAAACACCAUAAAAAAUCACAAUUUGAAAAUAGAGGUUCCAGCCUUUCAAACUCUUCAGAAGAGCACGAUUAUGAAGAUAAAGACGGAAUAUUCAUGCAUCAAUCUCUAAGGUUUGAUAUAUCAAAUAAGAAAUUAGAAAAUGCUGAAAAAGCACUUGUUGUCACACUCAAUAAAGAGCAAAAAAAUUUAUUCAAAAAGUUUAAAAAUCUGCUUCAAUCACAAUACCCGCAUUUCGCUCAAUAUACAGAAAACCUUAAAUCAACGAUAACCGAUAAACUAGAGACCCUAGAAAGCGCAUCUCAUUCCAAAGAUAUAAAAAAAUUUUCGAAACAUAAAAAUAAACUUAAAGAAACGAAUUUCCCAAAAGGUGAUUUAAACCAAACUUUAUCUACUUUGCCAAAGUCUUUUUUAAAUGACAGCUUUGAUAAAGAGAAAAAUGAUGAAAUCCCGAAUUCAUUAGCUUCUAUAUUUAAAAAUAAAGCAGAAUAUCAAGCUCUUUCUCCAUACACCAAACGAUUAUUGGAGCAAUGCAUGGAAGGGCAUGACUAUAAGAAAUGUGGAGCAGAGUGCGAGCAUUUGAAAAGAGCCAUGGCAAUAAAGGCAAAAUAUAAUGGGAGAAUAUAUCACUUACGAACAGCGAGCCUUGAUUUUGAUUAUUUGUAG